AUGCCUCCUCCACCUCAUCAAAAACCCGAGAAUGUCCUCAAGCGCGCCCAUGAGUUGAUGGGUGUCGGACAAGCUCAAGCAGCUUUGGUCUUACUUCACGAACAUGUUACUUCAAAAAGAUCGAGAAAUGCCCCGAUUACUUCAUUAGAGCCUGUGAUGCUCUUGUUGGUGGAACAAUCCGUUGAACAAAAGAAAGGAAAACUCGCAAAGGACGCUUUAUACCAAUACAAGAAUAUCAGUCAAAACACCAACAUUGGCACGAUCGAGCUCGUUCUCAAGAAGUUCAUCGAGUUGGCCGAAGAGAAAGUGAAGACUGCGCAAGCAAAGGCCGAUGAGGUUCAAUCGUCAUUAGAUACAACAGCAGCAACCGCAAGCGUCGAUGAUUUGGAAGCUACCGAAACCCCAGAGUCCAUCCUUUUGUCAACAGUAUCCGGCGAACAAUCCAGAGAUCGCACAGAUCGCGCCAUUGUUACACCAUGGUUGAAAUUUUUGUGGGAGACAUACAGAACUGUUCUCGAUAUCCUCCGAAACAAUGCCAGAUUGGAAAUCAUGUACCAAAGCACUGCUAUGCAAGCAUUCGAGUUCUGCCAAAAAUACACCAGGAAGACCGAGUUCCGUCGAUUGUGCGAAUUGCUCAGAAACCAUGUUCAAACUGCUGCAAAGUACUCUGCUCAGAUGCAUGCCAUCAACCUCAACGACCCAGACACCCUUCAACGUCAUCUUGAGACCCGUUUUCAACAAUUGAAUGUUGCAGUUGAGCUUGAGUUGUGGCAAGAGGCUUUCAGAAGUGUUGAGGAUAUUCACACCUUGCUCAGCCUUAGCAAGAGGCCACCUAAGAAUGUUAUGAUGGCCAACUACUAUGAGAAGUUGACCAGAAUCUUCUUGGUUGGUGAGAACUAUCUCUUCCACGCUGCUGCAUGGUCAAGAUACUAUAACCUUCUCCGUCAAUCCGCUCAAAUGGUUGCAGCUGGUCAAAGCAAGAAGUCGGAUAACCCAGCAACCUCUGAGGCUGACCUCUCCAAGGCUGCUUCAUUCGUUCUCUUGUCUGCCCUCGCCAUCCCCGUGAUUAGCACAUCCAGAUCUCGUGGUGCUUUGGUUGACAUUGAUGAGCAAAAGAAGAACAAGAACUCUCGUCUUACUCAUCUUCUUGGUAUGGCUCAAGCUCCUACUCGUGCCGUUCUUUUCAAGGAUGCCAUGAGCAAGGGACUUCUCAAGCGUGCCCGCCCUGAGAUUCGUGAGCUUUACAACAUUCUCGAAGUUGACUUCCAUCCUCUUUCAAUUUGCCAGAAGAUCUCCCCAAUUCUGUCUCAAAUUGGUGCUGAUGCCGAGAUGGAGAAAUAUGUUCUUCCUCUUCAACAAGUCAUCUUGACCAGACUCUUCCAACAACUUUCUCAAGUCUACGAGACUGUUGAUCUCAACUUCGUCGAGAACCUCGCCCAAUUCCCAGAGCCAUUCCAAGUUACCAGAGAAACAAUUGAGAAGUUCAUCAUGAACGGUAACAAGAAGGGUGAUCUCGCUAUCAGAAUGGAUCACGCUACUGGUGUUCUUAGCUUCGAUACUGAUGUUUUCUCAUCUACCAAGGCAAUCCACGCAGGAUCUGGUGCAGGAUCUGCUGAGUCCGAAACUGCCUCUGUUCAAAGACUCCAAAACACUCCUUCCGAAAUUGUACGAACUCAACUUACUCGUCUUUCUAAGGCUUUGUAUAUCACUGCUCAAUAUGUUGAUCCUACUUUCAAUGAAGCAAGAAUCAAGGCUCGUGAUGAAGCAUACGCAAGAGCUAAGGCUGGUGCAGAUGAAGAGCACAAGGAGACCUUGAAACGCAAAGAAAUCAUCCAAAGGAGAAAGGAGGAAGCAUCCGAAAUCCAAUCUCGCAAAGAGAAGGAAGAAGCCACAAGAAAACGCAUCAAGGCUGCACAACUCCAAGAAGCUGAGGACAAGCGUCUUCAAGCCGAACAAAAGAAGCGUGAGGAUGAUCGUAUCAAGGCCGAGUUGGAGCGUGUCAGAAAAGCAGAACUUCAAAAGCAAAUCGAUGACCUCAAAAUUGGCAACAAGGCUCUUGACAUCGAUCUUGAUGAUUUGGACAACCUUGAUGGCAACAAACUUCGUGCCAUGAAGUUGGCUCAACUCGAGCGUGAGAAGAAUGAUACAAACGAAAAGUUGAGAAUUACCGGUAAACGUAUUGAUCAUCUCGAGAGAGCUUUCAGAAAGGAAGAAGCCAAGAAGUUGCCAGAAGACUAUGAAGCACAAAGACAACGUGAUUUGGCCGCUUAUGAAAAGACCAAGGCUCAAACUUUGAAGGAUGCUGAAGCCAAACACAAGGAAAAUGUUGCUCUCAAGCACAGAUUGGCAAGAUUGGUUUCUCAUUACGAAUCUUUCCGUGAUGAUAUUGCCGAGCGCAGACACGAAGAGUUUGACAAACGUCGUCGUGAUGCUGAGAAGGAACUCGAGAAACAAAUUUCUCAACGUAGAAAGGAGUUCAAGGAGCGCAAGAUUCGUGAGAAGAGAGAGCGUGAAGAGCAAGAGAGAAAGCUUCGGGAAGAAGAAGAACGUGCCCAAAGAGAGAAGGCUGAGAAGGAUGAGAGAGAAGAGAAGAGAAAGGCUGAGUUCGCAGAGCUCAAGGCAAUCCGUGAGAAGGAGAGACAAGAGGCCUUGGAGAUGGCUGCGUUACAAGAGCGAAGAGCUGAGGAAGCUGCAAAUAGAAGAGCUGAAGAAAAGGCAAGAGGGCCUGUUCGUGGCGCUCCCAUCGAAAGAUCGGACUCAACUGGUGAAAGACGUGCUCCUCUUGCUCUUACCGGCGCUAAGUUGGGCUGGAGAGAAAAAGAGAGACUCCGUGCUGAAGGAAAGGAGGUUCCUUCCGAUUCCGCACCUGCUGCCCCUCGUCCAGCACCAUUUACCGAAAGAGCUCCUCGCCCAGCACCAACUCCAGAACGUACUGGGUCAUCCACUGGAGAGAGACGUGCACCUCUUGCUCUUGCCGGUGGUAAGUCCACCUGGAGAGAAAGAGAAGCAGCCAAGGGAACAGCUAGUGGUCCAAGCCCAUCAAGCAGAAGCGAGGAAAAGCCUAGUGAUGCUCCAGCUCCAGCUCCUACUCCUGCGCCUGCGCCUAAACCUGCUGCUGGUGGUAAAUGGGUUCCUCCACAUCUUCGCAAGGCUUAG